GGCAGCAGCGCCAUCAACUGGUCGGGUUCGUACAUUCACCGGAAGAGACGGACGGUUUGACGUAACCAGAAUAUCAAAGAUGGCGGCGCUGGUGGCACCUCGCCUGGCUCUGUUUGGCUCUUUUUCAACGAGGCCAAUUUCAGUUUUUGCUAUACAGCAGAAAUGUCUCCACAGCAGUGCAAAGGGUGAUAAUACCGCCAGCACAAGUGUUGUGCCAGUCAGAGCGAGAAGCUCAGCUGUGGCAGCAGCCAAACCAGCAGCAGUGGCCAGCAGCAAGGGAGAGUAUGUUGUAGCAAAACUAGACGAUCUGAUCAACUGGGCACGCAGAAGCUCUCUGUGGCCCAUGACCUUCGGCUUGGCGUGCUGCGCAGUGGAGAUGAUGCACAUGGCGGCUCCUCGUUACGACAUGGACCGCUUCGGAGUCGUGUUCAGAGCGAGUCCUCGACAGGCUGAUGUCAUGAUCGUGGCAGGAACUCUGACCAAUAAGAUGGCACCAGCUCUGCGGAAGGUGUAUGACCAGAUGCCUGAACCCAGAUAUGUAAUUUCCAUGGGAAGCUGUGCUAAUGGAGGAGGUUACUACCACUACUCUUACGCUGUAGUGCGAGGUUGUGACCGGAUCGUGCCGGUGGACAUUUAUGUUCCAGGUUGUCCUCCCACGGCAGAAGCUCUCCUCUACGGCACUUUACAGCUGCAGAAGAAAAUCAAACGAGAGAAGAAGAUAAGGAUCUGGUACAGGAAGUGAAUGUAUAGUAAAUAUAUAUAAAUAUCUGUAAAUGUUUCAUUUAGGGCGUUGCUCCUCCACGUAGAGUUGCAGAAACUUCAAUAGGUGAAAUGUUGUAAUUUAUGCAAAGCUGCUUAUUAUGAGACACAAUAGGGUCUGCUCCGUUUAGGUUACUGGGUCUUUAAAUCAGUGUUACUGUUUCAAAAUACAGUUUAAAAUUAAAUGGGUUAAAGCAGCAUUUAUGACCCUACACACGGUUGUAAACAAAACAAGUGAUAAAACACAAUGUCCUAAAUGUUAUUUCCAUUAAACUUUGCUUGAUAAAAAUCCAG